CGCUGGAAUCAAGGAAUAGUAUACAAUAUAUUUUCUGCGAUAUUUUUUUAAUAUUAAUGUUUAAAAGUGAUUUAAAUUGACGUUUAGUGUUUAUGUAAUAUAUGUCAUGCCUGUUUUAAUAAAAACUCGAAGAUCUGAAUUUCACAUUUCUGUGAAAAAGUAAAUAAAUUAAAUUAAAUAAUGGGACCGCCAAAGAAAUCGAAAAAAGAUAAAUUUGGUGGAGACAAAUUUGGUAAAAAACGACGUGCCGAAGAUGAGGCCUACACACAGCUUGUUGAUGACAAUGAUACCAUCGAUAUUAGUGAAUCUGAUGGAAUACCGGGAGCAGCUUCUAAGAAUGCCGAAACUAAUGAUGAUGGUAUAAAUACCGAUGAAUAUGGUGCCAAAGAUUAUCGUUCACAAAUGGAACUUAAAGUGGAUCACAACAAUCGUCCUUUAUGGGUGGCACCGAAUGGUCAUAUAUUUUUGGAGUCAUUCUCACCUGUUUAUAAACAUGCUCAUGAUUUUCUAAUUGCCAUCUCUGAACCUGUCUGUCGUCCCGAGCAUAUACACGAAUACAAAUUAACAGCCUACAGUUUAUAUGCCGCCGUAUCGGUUGGCCUACAGACCCAUGACAUUGUUGAGUAUUUGAAGAGAUUAAGUAAAACUAGUAUUCCUGAGGGUAUUAGAGAUUCAUUAACUGUGUACUUUAUCGUAUGGCAAAGUUUAAAUUGGUUUUUAAAACAUAAUCGCUAUUUUAUUGAAUCUCCUCAUCCGGAUAUUUUACAAAAGUUGCCUCAAAGAUCCAGUUAUACAGACGUGUCGCUAAAGCGUGAAGAAGGAGAUGCUUUUAUACAGGGCACUGUGGAGGGUAACGCUAUAACUCAGUUUGACAAAUUACCCGAUGGUACAGUUAAGGGCGCUGAUGGUAAGGCUGAUCCCAAUGCUGCUGGCACUAUUAAUGCAGAUGGCACAACCAAUGUACCCGAUGAUAUUACAAAUUUUUAUGAUAAAAUUGAUAAUGAGGAGGAAGACGAGGAUGAGGCUAAUUUAAAAACAGUUUCAUUUGAAGUAAAUCAGGAAAAAAUUGAAGUUAUACAGAAGCGUUGCAUAGAAAUUGAACAUCCUCUGCUGGCAGAGUAUGAUUUUCGUAAUGAUACACAUAAUCCAGAUAUAAAUAUUGAUCUAAAACCUGCUGCUGUGUUGAGGACCUAUCAGGAGAAGAGUUUGCGCAAAAUGUUUGGUAACGGACGUGCUAGAUCAGGAGAUGUACUACCUUGUGGUGCAGGUAUGUUUUGAAUUGGUGUUACCGCCUGCUGUACCGUGCGCAAACGUGCCUUGGUUUUGUGCAACAGUGGUGUAUCAGUCGAACAGUGGAAGCAACAGUUUAAAAUGUGGUCUACCGCUGAUGACAGCAAUUGUCGUUUCACUUCUGAGGCUAAAGAUAAACCUAUGGGUUGCGGCAUUCUAGUCACCACCUAUUCUAUGAUCACUCACACUCAAAAACGUUCUUGGGAAGCAGAGCAGACAAUGCGUUGGCUGCAGGAACAGGAAUGGGGCAUAAUGGUAUUGGAUGAAGUACACACUAUUCCAGCCAAAAUGUUUCGUAGAGUUUUAACUAUAGUGCAGUCUCACUGUAAACUUGGUUUGACUGCCACCUUGUUGCGUGAAGAUGACAAAAUUGCUGAUUUGAAUUUCCUUAUUGGUCCUAAACUAUAUGAAGCCAAUUGGUUGGAGCUACAAAAGAAGGGCUUUAUUGCUCGUGUACAGUGUGCCGAGGUGUGGUGUCCAAUGUCUCCUGAAUUCUAUCGUGAAUACUUGACUGCCAAGACUUCCAAGAAAAUGUUACUUUACGUUAUGAAUCCAUCCAAAUUCCGCAGUUGCCAGUUUCUUAUUAAAUAUCAUGAAAAAAGAGGUGACAAAACCAUUGUCUUCUCGGACAAUGUGUUUGCUUUGAAACAUUAUGCCAUCAAAAUGAAUAAACCUUUCAUUUAUGGUCCUACCUCACAAAAUGAACGUAUACAAAUUUUACAAAAUUUCAAAUUCAAUCAAAAAGUCAACACCAUUUUUGUAUCAAAAGUGGCCGAUACUAGUUUUGAUUUGCCCGAAGCUAAUGUGCUUAUACAGAUUUCCUCACAUGGUGGUUCUCGUCGUCAGGAGGCUCAGCGUUUAGGUCGUAUUUUGCGUGCUAAAAAGGGUGCCAUUGCCGAGGAGUAUAAUGCCUUCUUCUACACCCUUGUUUCGCAGGACACCAUGGAAAUGAGUUAUUCUCGCAAACGUCAACGUUUCUUGGUCAAUCAGGGUUACAGUUAUAAAGUUAUUACACAUUUAAGUGGCAUGGACACAGAUCCCGACUUAUUUUAUAAAACCCGUGAAGAACAAUCCCAACUGUUGCAGCAAGUUUUAUCUGCUUCCGAUCAGGACUGUGAAGAUGAAAAGAUUCCGGGUGAACCAGGCUAUCGUCCAGGCGGUUCUAGUACCAUGAAACGUGGCGGCUUGAGUUCUAUGUCGGGCGGUGAUGAUGCCAUUUACUAUGAACAUCGUAAAAAGAAUUCUGGAAAUGUACAUCCAUUGUUUAAGAAAUUCAGAGGUGUUUAAAAGAAUGUAAAACUAUGCAUGUAAUGCUGAUGUUAUUAUUAAUUAAAUGUACUACAAAUAAAUGGAAUAUAUAUGAAAUUUAUCACUUA